UUUAAAGCCGCCGCUGCCGCACGGACGGACCCACAGACCGGCCGAACCUCCGAACCUUGGAUCGGUCUCUGCCUGCGGGACCUCUGCCGCUCAGUGACCGCCUCAGUGACGCCGCCGCCCCGCAUGGAGCCGCGGGGAUUCCUCCACAGCCUGCAGCGCUCCGGAGCCGCUUUGGUUUGAUUCUAACGGAACUAUAAGUUCGGUUCGGCCGCCCGCUCCGCCCGCUCCGUCUCCCAGCAGGCCUCCGUCUCCUCCGUGACUCCAGUUCCCAUGCGAUUCUUCAGACUCACAUUCAAGUGCUUCGUGGAUUGUUUCUGAAGGUCGCGACCCAAAGUCGGCUCCCAUUUUUCCUUUUGAUUUCAGUUUGACAGAAAAAAAAAAAUUAUUUUAAGAAUAUUUCUCAGUUUCUGUUUUUGGUCUAUUUUUAACCAAUUGUUUAAAAAUAAACUGAACACAUCUAUAAAAAAUAAAAAAUAAAGUGUUUCCCAGAGAGGAGAGGGUCCACAGGGGACUGAACUGGACCUGCUGGGUCUGACUGGUUCUACCUGGAGGUGGACUGGGAUUACUGGAAGGUUACUGGUUCUGAACUGGUGUGAGAGGAGAAGCAGACAGAGACUGACUGGGAGAGACUUGGAGCAGCUGUGGAAAGUUAGAAAGCUGCAAAGUUUGAUCAAAGGGAAUAUUUAAACUGACUGGUUCUGAAAUGUUCUGACUGGUUCUAACUUGAUUCUUACUGGUUCUAGAAAUAGUUUAGAUUGAAAGGGAAAGGGGAUCAAAUCUGAGGUAACAAGGGAAACCCAUAAAACCAGUAUAGUGUUUCUUACUGGUAUCUCUGACUGGUUCUGAUUGGUUACUGGUGUCUGACUGGUAACCUUAGUUUGGGAAAGAAUCUGAAAUCUGAGAAGAAGAAAACAGCCGUUUAGGGGUGACUGAGACUGGACAGUAGAACUUUUACUGGUUCUGGACUGACGCCUGAUUCCUGACUGGGUCUGUACUGGUUCCAGUCCUGCCAGCGAUGGAGAAACAGGCUCUGCCCGCCUCCCCCUGCUCAGUGGUUCAUCUGGAGGACACCAAGAAGAACUCGCUCCUCCUGUCCAACGGCAGUGGCUACCCUCCUGCAGCUGCUAAUGGCAGCCUGGUCCCGGCGGCUGGUCCAGGUGCAGCAGGCGGUCCUGCACCGGAUAAGAGAGGGGGCCCCGUCAGCGGGGUGGGCCCCGGGUACCAGGAGCGUGAGACGUGGACCCGGCAGAUGGACUUCAUCAUGUCCUGUGUGGGCUUCGCUGUUGGACUCGGAAACGUGUGGAGAUUCCCCUACUUGUGCUACAAGAACGGAGGAGGUGUCUUCCUCAUCCCGUACCUGCUGAUCGUCUUCGUGGGAGGAAUACCCAUCUUCUUCCUGGAGAUCGCGCUCGGUCAGUUCAUGAAGGCCGGCAGCAUCAAUGUGUGGAACAUCGCUCCGCUCUUCAAAGGUCUCGGCUACGCCUCCAUGGUCAUCGUGUUCUUCUGUAACACCUACUACAUCAUGGUCCUGGCCUGGGGCUUCUACUACCUGGUCAAGUCUUUUACCUCCACCCUUCCGUGGUCCAACUGUGAAAACGACUGGAACACGCGUAACUGCCUGGAGAUCUUCCACCACCAGGACUGCAAGAACUCUAGCCUGGCCAACACCACGGUCGGCAGCGGGAACCUGACCUGCUCGGACCUGGCCGACGCACGCUCGCCCAUCAUUGAGUUCUGGGAGAACAAGGUGCUGAACAUCUCGUCUGGUCUGGAUGAACCCGGGGAGUUUAACUGGGAGCUGAUCUUGUGUCUGAUAACCGUCUGGAUUCUGGUUUAUUUCUGCGUCUGGAAAGGAGUGAAAUCCACCGGAAAGGUAAGCGCAUACACUGCAAUAUUUUCAAUCGUUGUGCUGGAGGUAAGUUGGUUUGGAUGGAUGAGUGGUUUGGUGGGUGGCAUCAUGUACUACAUCAAAACCAACGGGGCCAAAUGGGAGAAAGGGUCAGUUUGGGGAAAUGCCGGCCCCCCCAAUUUUUCUUUUUCCCACGCCCUCGGACUGGGAGCGCUGACUGCUUUAGCCAACCCAAACCCCUUUAACAAUGACUGCUACAGGGACGCCUUCGUCCUGGCUCUCAUUAACAGUGGGACCAGUUUCUUUGCUGGUUUUGUGGUGUUUUCCAUUCUGGGCUUCAUGGCGGCUGAGCAGGGAGUUGACAUCUCACAGGUUGCUGAAUCAGGUCCAGGUCUGGCCUUCAUUGCAUAUCCUAAGGCGGUCAGUCUGAUGCCGGUAGCUCCACUCUGGGCCGCUCUCUUUUUCUUCAUGUUGUUGCUGCUUGGACUCGACAGUCAGUUUGUCGGCGUAGAGGGCUUCGUCACGGGGAUUCUGGAUCUGUUUCCCGGCGGUUAUUACCACCGAUACAAACGUGAGAUCGCCGUGGCGAUCUGCUGUUUACUCUGCUUCGUUAUCGACCUCUCCAUGGUGACACAGGGAGGAAUGUACGUCUUCCAGUUGUUUGACUACUACUCAGCCAGCGGGAUGACGCUGCUGUGGCAGUCAUUCUGGGAAUGCAUUGUGGUUGCCUGGGUCUAUGGUGCUGACCGGUUCAUGGAUGAUGUGGCUCGGAUGAUUGGCUACCGCCCGUUUCCCUGGAUGAAGUGGUGCUGGUCUUUCAUAACUCCGUGUGUCUGCAUGGGCAUCUUCCUGUUUCACCUGGUGAACUGCAAGCCUUUAACCUACAACAACGUGUACGUGUACCCGUGGUGGGGCGAGGCCAUCGGCUGGUGUCUGGCUCUGUCUUCCAUGCUCUGCAUCCCCGUCAGUCUCCUCUACAAGCUCUUCCGAGCUAAAGGAACCUUCAGAGAGCGCUGGGCCCACCUGACCAACCCUGUGUGGGGGCCCCACCACCUGGAGUACAUGGCCCCUGACAUCAAGUCCCUGAGUUCGCUGAGCCCCGGCUCUGAUGACAACAAGGUCAUCAUCUUUGAGAGCGUCAUGUAGACCAGACUCCGCCCAUCCCACUGAGACAAGAUGGCCGACCUGCAUCUCCACCUUCGCCUCCUGUUCCUGGCAUCUUAAAUCAGCUGGACUCUGAUUGGUCACCAUAGCAACCAUAGCUUUACACUCCCCUCUCCCAGAUUCCUCUGGUGAGCGCUGCUGAAAGUUCUGCCUCUGUCCGGACUCCGUCUUCCUGUGAGGGUGACAGGUUCAGUUCAGUUUUGGGUCGCAUGGUCGGCCGGGUCAAACCAGAACCCGAUAAACAGUCAUGAUGGACUCUCUGUCUGCGGGAUCCUCCGGUAUCAGAUCCUUCAGCGGGCAGAGUUUGGAUCAUUGCUGAUUGUCGGGACAGACAGAGUUCUAGACAAACGCCUCGACUGAAUCCCCUCAACGUUCGUCAGCGGUCCAGUCCAGAGCUCAGACACCAGAACUGGGUUUGGAAAAGUUUUAGUUUUUUUCUGGUGUUUGGCUGCAGGACCGAAGCAGAAACCUCCUGAACCGUCCCUGAAUGCACCACACCGGCUGAACGCGUACCUGCGUGUCAAGGAGCGCUGCUCGCUUCCCGUCGAACAGCUGAUCCCAGAACAGAUACCGGACCAGAACCAACGAUGUGUCCAGGAACCUCUUUUUUUAAAAAGAUAACUUUUUUUGGAGUUUUUAUUUGAAGCUUGUUGGUCCUUCAAAAUAUUUUCUAGAUUUAUUUUUUACCCAACAAAUUUUUUUCCAUUGAUUUAUUUUUGAUAGUAAAUACAUGAAAACAAGCAGAAAAUCCAAAAUCUUCUAUUAGCUUAAAGG